UUCCUAUUCCUAUGAUUUCAAAAUCCUGUGAACCGAAUAAAUACUUACAAGCCCUUAUGGCAAUUCAUUUAAUUAAAGAGCCUCUGAUCCCAUAUGAUUAGCUCGAUGCAUGGCAACUUUUUACAAAGCUCUUGUGACAUUUUCAAACGCUAUCAAGGAACCAGUGGACCCCGGAGGGCUUAUGAUGCUGGAACUGGUGGGCGGCCACGACGGGCCUCCACUGAUGAGACACAACGGCGGGCCAAGUGUGAGUGUGAACCUAGGCUUCGUCAAAAAGGUCAGGCGCGCGCCAACAUUUUCCCGUACAAAACGAUGGCGGGCGGCCGUCGGCUUCCUGACGCUACACCCAUUGACCCAGAGUCGCCGCAGAAUAUAACAACCCCUCACCUGCUCACCAUUACACUGCAGGUGGUCCCUUGGAAACAUAAUUCGACGCCUCACUCUAACAAAAAUUUCGCCGAGGAAGACGCGUCUCUAGAGUCUAGACUCAUUGCCAAUGCCAAGUGGUCAUAACAGACCAAAUCUUUCCCUCCCUCCCAUAUGCUCCACCUCCACCUCCAGCCCACACUCCACUCCACUGUCGACGCGACGGCGAGGCAAUGGCAGCACCAGCACCGCCCCCCAUGCCUCUCUCGCUCGCCUCCAUCGUCGUCAUCUUCUUCCUCGCGUGCUCCGGCGCCGGCCAAGCCCUUCCAGGCUUCCCCAAGCCCGCCAACGAUGCCGGCACCGCCGCAGACCGCCACGCGCUCCUGGCUUUCAGGUCGCUCGUCAGGUCCGACCCUUCACGAACUCUGGCGUCAUGGAGCAACAGCAUCAACAACUUGUCACCGUGCCAAUGGCGCGGCGUGUCGUGCGGCGCCAGGGGCAGCCGGCGCGGCCGCGUGGUGGCGCUGGACCUCCCGGGGCUCGGCCUCCUCGGCACGCUGACCCCGGCGCUCGGCAACCUAACGCGCCUCCGGCGGCUCCACCUCCCCGAUAACCGCCUCCACGGCGCGCUGCCACGGGAGCUCGGCGCCCUCCGCGACCUCAUCCACCUCGACCUCAGCCACAACUCCAUCGACAGCGGCAUCCCGCAAUCCCUCUCCGGCUGCAAGGAGCUCAAGCGCGUCCUGCUCCACACCAACAAGCUCCAGGGCCAGAUCCCACGCCAGCUCGUCGCCGCGCUCCGGAGCCUCGAGGUACUCGAUCUCGGCCAGAACACGCUGACAGGAAGCAUCCCUUCUGACAUCGGGAGCCUUCUAAACCUCCGACUGCUGGACUUAGAAGCCAACAACCUGACGGGGGAAAUCCCCUGGCAGAUCGGCAACCUUGCCAGCCUCGUCAGGCUAAGCCUCGGUUCCAACCAGCUCUCCGGCUCCAUCCCUGCUUCCCUUGGAAACCUGUCGGCGUUAACCGCUCUUCGCGCCUCUUCGAACAAGCUGUCCGGGAGCAUACCUCUAUCAUUGCAGCACCUGGCGUCUCUCAGUGCACUUGAUCUGGGGCAGAACAACCUUGGAGGACCCAUCCCUUCUUGGCUAGGGAACCUCUCGUCGCUAACAUCUUUGAACCUCCAGAGCAAUGGCCUCGUGGGACGCAUCCCGGAGUCCAUAGGGAAUCUCCAGUUGCUUACAGCCGUUUCCUUUGCUGAGAACAGGCUUGCUGGUCCAAUCCCUGAUGCCAUUGGAAACCUCCACGCCCUCGCUGAACUUUAUCUGGACAACAAUGAGCUAGAAGGCCCUUUGCCGCUUUCGAUCUUCAACCUCUCCUCUCUAGAAAUGCUCAACGUACAGAGCAACAACCUCACCGGGGCGUUCCCGCUUGGUAUGGGCAACACGAUGACGAAUCUGCAGGAGUUCCUUGUGUCUAAAAACCAGUUCCAUGGCGUGAUCCCGCCAUCGUUGUGCAAUGCCUCCAUGCUUCAGAUGGUUCAGACGGUAGAUAACUUCCUCUCGGGAACGAUCCCUGGAUGCCUGGGAUCUCGCCAAGAGAUGCUGUCUGCAGUGAACUUUGUGGGGAAUCAGCUUGAAGCAACAAACGAUGCUGAUUGGGCCUUCCUGGCCAGUCUGACCAACUGUAGCAAUAUGAUAUUACUGGAUGUUAGUAUCAACAGACUCCAAGGUGUGCUGCCAAAAUCUAUUGGUAAUCUGUCGACGCAGAUGACAUAUCUAGGCAUUUCAUCCAACAGUAUAAGAGGAACGAUAACUGAAGCGAUAGGGAACCUCAUCAACUUGGAUGAACUUGACAUGGACAAUAAUCUUCUCGAGGGCACUAUUCCAGCAUCUCUUGGUAAACUCGAGAAGUUGAAUCAUUUGGAUUUGUCAAACAACAAUCUGUCAGGAUCCAUCCCAGUAGGUAUUGGGAAUCUUACAAAACUUACGAUUCUUUUCCUUAGUACUAAUACGCUCAGUGGAACCAUACCUUCUGCUAUCAGCAACUGUCCUUUAGAAGCGUUGGAUCUUUCUUACAACCAUCUUUCUGGCCCCAUGCCCAAGGAACUUUUCCUUAUCUCAACCUUAUCGAGUUUCAUGUAUCUUGCACAUAAUUCAUUGAGUGGAACUUUUCCAUCAGAGACGGGGAACCUCAAGAAUCUAGCUGAGCUCGAUAUCUCCGAUAACAUGAUUUCAGGAAAGAUUCCCACCACUAUCGGGGAGUGUCAAAGCUUGCAGUAUCUAAAUGUAUCUGGGAACUUCCUUAAGGGGACAAUUCCACUGUCACUAGGGCAGUUAAGGGGCCUGCUAGUGCUUGAUCUUUCUCAAAAUAAUUUGUCUGGGAGCAUCCCUAAUUUCCUCUGUAGCAUGAAAGGUCUUGCUAGUUUGAAUCUCUCAUUCAAUCAUUUUGAAGGUGAAGUUCCGAAAGAUGGAAUAUUUCGCAAUGCAACUGCAACCUCGAUCAAGGGAAACAAUGCUUUGUGUGGUGGGGUCCCUCAACUGAAGUUGAAAACAUGCUCCAGCCUCGCUAAAAGGAAAAUAUCUUCAAAGUCUGUCAUCGCAAUUAUCUCCGUGGGCAGUGCAAUUCUGUUGAUCAUACUGUUCAUACUGUUCAUGUUAUGUAGAAGGAAUAAGCUUAGAAGAACAAACACACAGACAUCACUCUCCAAUGAGAAACACAUGAGAGUUUCUUAUGCUGAAUUGGCCAAAGCAACAGAUGGUUUCACAUCCGAGAACCUCAUAGGGGUAGGCAGCUUUAGUGCAGUGUACAAGGGAAGAAUGGAAAUCUCUGGCCAACAAGUGGUUAUUGCAGUGAAGGUGCUCAACCUGCAACAAGCUGGCGCAUUGCGAAGUUUCGAUGCAGAAUGUGAGGCUUUGAGAUGCAUUCGGCAUCGGAACCUUGUGAAGGUUAUAACAGUGUGCUCAAGUAUUGACUCCAGAGGUGCUGACUUCAAGGCUCUUGUAUUUGAGUUUCUUCCAAAUGGAAAUUUAGACCAUUGGCUACACGAGCAUCCCGAGGAAGAUGGUGAGCCAAAGGUGCUAGAUCUCACUGAGAGACUCCAAAUUGCCAUGGAUGUGGCUUCUGCACUUGACUAUUUACAUCAUCACAAGCCAUUUCCAAUUGUCCAUUGUGACCUCAAGCCAAGUAACAUUCUCCUCGACAACGACAUGGUUGCUCAUGUUGGUGAUUUUGGGCUUGCAAGGUUCCUACAUGAAGAACAGAGUGACAAGUUAGAGACACCAACUAGCCGGAAUGCAAUAAGAGGAACAAUUGGUUAUGUUGCUCCAGAGUAUGGACUUGGCAGCGAAGCUUCAAUCCAUGGUGAUGUCUACAGCUAUGGUAUACUACUGCUCGAGAUGUUCACCGGCAAAAGACCAACGGGCUCUGAAUUUGGAGAAGAGCUUAGCCUUCAUAAGGACGUACAAAUGGCACUGCCACACCAAGCCGCUAAUGUCAUUGACCAGGACCUAUUGAAAGCAGCAAGUGGUAAUGGCAAAGGAACAGCAGGGGAUUAUCAGAAAACUGAAGACUGCAUCAUUUCCAUUUUGCAGGUUGGUAUUUCGUGCUUGAAGGAGACGCCAAGUGAUCGCAUUCAAAUUGGAGAUGCGUUGAGAAAGUUGCAGGCAACUAAAGAUACAUUUUAUACGCAUGAGUGAUCUGCUUGGUGCAUCAGCAAAACCGCUGGACCAUAUUGAAGCAACUAAAGAUACAUCAAUAUGCAGGAGUGAUCUGAUAUGUUAUGGAUGUACGGAGGAAGUGAGGAUCAUGCUCAUGCUGUCAUGCAUAUUGCUUAGUCAUGUAACUCUGUAAUAAGAUGCUGGAAGCUCAAGAGACUGCAUCAGAGCCGUUUUAAGGAGAACAUGCUGAUAACACGGUCGUAACACCCCCUGGUGCGGGGCUGCCAACCGGGGCUGAAAACCUGGUUCUCACCAAAAUGAAAGCCAUUGCUGAGUUUGGUUCCCCGCACAUGUCAGGUUGCCAAUUGUGCCAUCGCAGUCGGUGGAGCCAGCGUUCGGAGCCUUUCCUUCACUAAAAAGAUGCAAUGCCUUCUGGGUUUCUUCCACUAAAGGUCGACUUUUUUUUAAUAUGUAUUCAUAUGAUGUCAGGUACAUAUUUAAUCAAGUCAUGAUUUAGCCCUUCACCAAUGAACUAAUACACUUUGUAUUGAUUGGCCCCUGCCAGCAUCAAGCAAGAUUUAUUAGCUCAAAUAA